AUAUUUUAAUGUAAAAGGAAGGAGUACAAAAAAGUAUCCAACAAACAAAUAAGCUUAUCCACUCUGUUUCCCUCUGUUGUUCAGCUUCAUUACAACAUGGCUUGUUUACAUCUCCACCUCCUGUGUGCCCCAAACCCCCUUCUUCUUCUUCCUCAAUCUCAGCCCACUUUCACAAACCCAUUACAAAUUACACCCAAGCGCCGCCUCUCACUCAAAUGCAGCUCAGAAUCCUCCGAAUCCGACCCCAAUUUCCCAUCCCCAAAUCCCGACUUCGGCGCCCUAAACCAACCAGAGAGCUUCCCAAUCGAGAAGCGGAGGAGAUCCGAAAUAGUCCGCCAAAGAAGACCCUCAAAGGACAUCGUGAAGCCGGACCCACCCAACUUCGAAAUUGGGUGGAAGAGGACGAAAGAGAUCAAUUUGGAGAAGCCGGUGGGGUGGAUGAUAAUGGACUUUCUGGAGAAGCUGGAAGAGCUAAUGGAGAGGGAGUUUGGGUCGACGGAGUUGCUUGCCAAAGUGGGAGAGAUUGUAGCGGAGAGGGCGAGAGAGGAGGCGGAGAUCUUGCUAGACGACGGCAAAGUGGAGGACAGAAUGGUUACAGAGCUGUUUAGGGUGUUGAAGUUGAUGGAGAUGGAUUUGGCUAUGGUCAAGGCGGCUGUUAAAGAUGAGACCUUGAGUGAGCGGCUUGCUCAGGCCAAAGCAAGCAAUUAUAUGUUUCCUUCCUUCACAUGAUAUCGGAUAAAGUGAAAUCGAAUGUCAAUGUGUUUGCUUCUUUCAUGGUUCACUGGGUUCUUUGCCAAUUCAAUUGCUGAUUUGUUGUCAACUUGAAUCACGGUUGCACCACGUUGCUUUAGCUCCAUCUUGCUCAACAAAUUUCUAAGCAAUAUCGAGUGACACACACACCAAGAUGCUGCCACAUACUCAGCUUCACACAUCGAGAGUGUCACAAUCGAUUGUUUCUUUGAAAGCCAAGUAAAUGCUGUGUUGUCCAUGAAGAAUACAUAGCCCAAUGUACUUUUCCGAUCGUCUAUGUCUCUGCAUCAAUCACUGUCAGAGUAACCAACUAUUUUGUAAUCUUCUGUUUUCGAGUAGAAUAACCCAAGUGACAACUGUUCCUUGGAUGUAACGUAGGACUCGCUUCAACGCCUUCCAAUGUGAAUAAAUUGGCUCCUCCAUGAACCGGCUUAUAAUGCCGACACUUAAUGAAAGAUCUGGCCUUGUGCAUGUAAGAUAGCGAAGGCUUCCUACUA